UUAGCCGACUAUAUUUGCUGCAGUCUUCACAUCUUGUAUGCAGCUCUAUGCCGUUAUCCAGGUUUAUUGUCUUCUUUUUCAUAUCUGUUUUGGAGUGGGCUUUGGCUGAACUAAAACGGUACACUACACUAAUGGUUUAUUUGGCUGUGGGGCAAGAGGAAGAGUGAAUAGCAAAGACUGACCUGUUCCCUCCUAACCAGCCCAGGCAGACUAUAAAGGGAAAGAUCAUAAAGGAAGGAGAGAGCAAAGUCCAACCAACUGUUCACAGUGUUGUAAUGCUGCGAAAACAAGUGACUGGAUUGCUGGGAGUGUAUGUGUGGGUUAGUGACAGUAUAGUGGCAACAUGCUACACUGUUGACAGUGUUCUCAUUCACAGUUGACAGCGUUCUCACAUAUUCUCAACGAUUCUGCUCGGUUUCAGCCCCUCAGGUUCCUGAGGCCCAUGUUCCUGGGCAGAUGGACCGGAUGAAGAUCAUUAAGAGGCGUUUGUCUAUGAGCCUCCGCAGUGCCAGACCAGUUGACGAGUCUCUCUCAGAACUGGCUGAGCAGAACAACCUGGGUGAGCCAUCCAAUGUACGAGACCAUGAGGCCAUAGUCUGCUCUGCCCUCCCUCCCGCCUCUCACAGCGCUCCCUCUUUCCUGCGGCAGUACGCCGGCGGGCUGGGCCGACCUGCGCUCAGGAGGGAUGGGCUUGACCGACCCUGUCUGGGCCUCCACAGGACCGGCUCUCUUGGCAUUGUUCAUGAAAAUGUAAAGAUGGGCUCUGAUGGAGAGAGUGAUCAGGCAUCUGGAACGUCAUCAGAUGAGGUGCAGAGUCCAGUUCGAGUUCGUAUGAGGAACAACCACGCCAGGCGUAUAUGCAAUGAGGACAUAAACAAGCGUCUCUCUCUGCCUGCUGACAUUCGUCUGCCGGAGGGCUAUCUGGAGAAGUUUGCCAUGAACAGCCCCCCCUUUGACAAACCAUUAAGCCGCAGACUCCGGAGGGCAUCACUGUCUGAGAUUGGCUUUGGGAAACUGGAGACCUAUAUUAAACUGGACAAACUUGGAGAGGGCACUUAUGCUACUGUGUUCAAAGGACGCAGUAAACUGACGGACAACCUUGUGGCGCUGAAAGAAAUUCGCCUGGAACAUGAGGAGGGAGCUCCCUGCACUGCCAUACGAGAAGUGUCUCUUUUAAAAGACUUGAAACAUGCCAACAUAGUCACUCUGCAUGAUAUUAUCCAUACAGACAAGUGCCUCACGCUUGUGUUUGAAUAUUUGGAGAAGGAUCUGAAACAGUAUAUGGACGACUGCGGAAGCCUGAUGAGUGUGCACAAUGUGAAGAUCUUUCUGUUCCAGCUUUUGCGGGGUCUCUCCUACUGCCACCGCAGGAAGGUGCUGCACAGAGACCUGAAGCCACAGAACCUCCUCAUCAACGAGAAAGGAGAGCUCAAACUAGCUGACUUUGGUCUGGCACGGGCCAAAUCUGUCCCCACGAAGACAUACUCUAAUGAGGUGGUGACUCUGUGGUACCGGCCACCUGACGUGCUGCUGGGAUCUACGGAGUACUCCACCCCUAUAGACAUGUGGGGAGUGGGGUGUAUAUUUUAUGAGAUGGUCACUGGUCGGCCACUGUUUCCAGGUUCCACAGUGGAGGAUGAGCUUCACCUUAUAUUUCGCAUCCUAGGCACACCAUCAGAUCUCUCUUGGCCAGGAAUUAGAGGCAGUGAAGAGUUUAAGAAGUACAAUUUCCCUCGGUACCACCAAGAGCCCCUGGUCUCUCACGCUCCCCGGAUAGACAGCGAUGGACAUGAUUUGCUGUUGCAAUUACUGAAGUUUGACCCAAAGGCUCGUGUUUGUGCAGAUGAAGCUUUGAGGCACCGGUACUUCAACAGUUUCGGCGACCAGGUGCACGUGCUACCAGACACGGCUUCCAUCUUCUCAGUGAAAGACAUUAAGCUCCAGAAGGACCCAGGAAGGCGCCCAGUGAGACAAGCCGACACAGCCGAGGGAAAGAAUCGGAGGCAGAGUGUGUUGUUUUAGGACAAAGAGGCUUUUUGCACUUAUUUAUCCAACACACAAACUGAGAUAUAAAAUAUAACCAUGGAGACAAACAUCAAAAUCCAGAUGAAGAACUUGGGAGUAGAAUGGAGAAAUUGAAGGAACUCUGACAAAACUAAAGGACGAGGAAGAGGACAAACCUCAUUGCUGCUGCUGCUGCUGCAUCUUUUUUCGUUUGUUUUCAGGACCCCGACUGUGGAACAGAGGUGGAUUAUCUUGACAGUUAGCUAAGCUGCGGUUGCUACUCAGCUGUAUCUUCUAUAUCACAUCACAUCUCAGCAUGCAUACAGCGGGGUGCACCCACUUUCACUCACUGCAUUGACGUGUGCCAGUGUCGGUACUCGUGGUAGUGUGUGGCCCAGGUGGCAUUUCAUUGGCAUAUAACCUAAAAAUCAAGCAGCUGCUACCACUCCACUGGUGAACACGUAACGGUUGUGCUUCCCUUAAGUAACAUACGUAUUAUUUACUAGUCUGGAUAACACGGGAUGAGAACUCAUGUGCUUCACAUGUUUCACAGAUAUAAUUAUUCUGGCACCUUAUUUCUCUGUGAACUCACUCAGGCGUAUUGCUUCAUAAAACACACCUUUGUGUGGAAUGGACAGAACUGUGUUUUGUGUAUGUGUGAGGAUGUUUUCACUGAGACUCGUGUAUACACCAUGACACAACCAUGGCAUUUAACAUGCUCACUCUGCUCAGGGGCAGAGCCAUAUAGGCUUGUGGGUAUUGUAGUUCUAUAGUCUCACUGAAAAUGUGACACUGUGAUGGUAGAUUUACAGAGCUCAGUUUAGGCCAUUCAAGAAUCUGGCUGGAAGCCAGAGCCGUCUAUGGCUAUUAACAGAAAAGAGUCAGAUCCAAAGGAGGAUCUUCAGAUCUUAACCCAGUUCAAAACAGAAAGCAAUACAAAAACUAGGACAUCUACAGGGAUAUUAAGUCUGUUGUCUAGUACUCAUAUCUCAGAAACUCUGAGAGCUCUGGGAGCUCAGCAGGGCAUUGUGUGUUCAGUUCUCUCAGUCUUGCAUAGGCUAUACCUCAGUACAUGUAAACCACUCUCAUCCCCAGACAGGACCAUUGACUCUUACUUCACUGGUUAUUCACAUAGGUACGCACUCCUCUCCAAGUCACUGCUAAUGAUCUCCCAUGGUUGUGCAUCAUCUGUGGAAAUGCACGUACACACAGACACCUCAUGGCACACUUUGGUCCACACACAAAUUGUGUAGAAACAACUGAAGAGAACCCAACUCAGAAGGCAAGGACUCUAAAAAAUGCUGUGUGUCCUUCCCUCUUAACAUAUGAAUUGUUCUUGUCAACUAUUUGUUUGUUGUUGUCUAUUCAUGUUUUGGUUGUGAAGGUUAGAGGAUUAAUUGUGGCUCAGGUUUACUGGACAAAGGGUCUCCUAAAGAGACUGAGCACAGUACUCAUCCUCACUUGCCACCUCGGGACCUCAUCUUAGCAUUAUCUGAUUUGCAGAAACCGUGUCAUCUCCAUGUUGAGUUAAUUUGAUGUCGGUGUCAUUCUGGAGAUUCACAGUACCCCUCAGCCAUAGGCUGUUUCACACGGCAUACUAUUAUACUGAAAACGUGCACCACAGAAUAUGGGCCUCUCCGAAGAAAAGGAGUUCGUACUUCACCACUGUUUCCGGUUCUUAGCCUGAGGUUAGAGUAAACUCCUUGGAGGGCUACAUAUUAGCACCACUAUACAAAGACUUGCUCUCAUUACACAUGGAAUGCAAUUGAGCACGUUGUCUUUGAAAGCUUAGCCAGGUUGGGUUUUCACACCCAGGCGUCACAUCAGAUUAAAACAUGCUAGCUUUCUUAUCUACUUAGCAGUAUUUUCUGUUACUUGACUUUGAACAGAUAUCACUAGAUUGAGGCUAAGGUUGCUAAAUGUCAUCAUGGUGAUCUUGUGGUGAAUGUAGACACUGGUUGAGUUAACUCUGAUGUGUAGAUUUCAACAGGGCUGCAGAAGGGCCAGCUGAAGCCCUGAAGAUGGAACCUGUGAUGUAAAUGUAAAGUGGAAAACAGCUGUUAAAAACAUACCCAAGCCGUUUGACUCAAGCCCAAUAUGAAGCAGAUAGAUAAGUUAAGUUGGCUUGCUAAUGCUGCAAAUAGAACAACUAGCUCCUCAGCUACAUCAUGUUUGGUGCAUUCAUUCCAGUAAUAUUUGAAAUUUUGUCUUCCUUUGUAAGUUGCUCAUCACUUAAAUCAAGGGAACCCAGAGCAGCUCACCAAAUGGGACAAGAAUCAACCUGUUUACCGAGUGUACGAUUUCCUGUUUCCCUAGCUGGUAUUGUUUUUUUCCUGCUCAUCCUCUCAUUUCAAGACAGAAGUCAUCCUAAGAUGAAGCGAGUUCAGCCUGUCUGGCAAGUCUAGCUGUCUUCUAUCCAAUGAAGGAUUCUCCACUAAUAAACAUGUCUGGAAGUCAA